CGGUAAUAUCUUGACGUGGGUGUGUUUAUAUUUUAUAUUCUGUAAACAUUUAUUUAGCUUCAAAUACGAUUUUAUUCAGAGAAUUUCUAUUAUUUUAAACUACGACUUAUGGGUAUAAAAACAAAUUUAAUUAUGAGGAGAAGGACUGACUUAGAGAAAGAUUACAAAAAUGAUUAUUAAUUUAUUUUGUCGUUUGAUUCAAUAAUGGUAAAAUCGAUGACAAUAAUGUUUGGAUUAUUAGAAGUUAAAAUAACUGCAAAAGUACGAAAACGAGGAUUUACACCAUGGAAGGCUUGGAAAAAACAAUGGUGCAAUUUGAAAAGUUCAACUACUGGUUUAGAACUGAUUAUACACAAUUCAAAUCCAAUACCUGGAAUUAUGGCAAUUCCGAUGCAUUCUGUGCUUAUUCCUGAUACCUGUGUCUGCUAUAGAACAGAUUCUAGAACUAAACCUUUUGCCUUUGGGCUGUUUUUAGACUCAAAAAGCCAUAAGGCUAUAAUGUAUUUAGCAGGUUGUUCUGAAACAAAUAGUCAAGAAUGGAUGUAUGCAGUAAGAGCUGCAUUGAACUAUAAACAAGAUUUAACCAUUAGUGUUCCAGAAAGAAGUUUAUCUUACAAAUUUUCAAUAAUAGAUAAUGCCCACUCAAGGGCUGCUGGAUUUUUGGGAAUUUAUGGCAAAAUGAUUGUAAAUGAAACAGGUCUCCACUUUUAUCAGCCUAAUAAAAAUAACCAAAUUAAUAGCCAUUCAGAUAUUUCUAUUUUAUGGUCUCAUGUGAAACAUUGCCAUCUUAGCGGGAAAAGAGGUGGAAUAGAUGAAAGGAAAAUAUGUGUUAUUCAUACUACUGAAUUAUUUUCAAAUGGUAUUGGACAACUAUUGAUAUUUUGUACGGAAGCUCCCAAACUUCUUCAUGCGAUUAUGAUCCAGUGUAAUAUAAUUUUAACCACUAAACUAUCAAUAUCUAAACAAAGUUCUAUGGCAAAUAACAAAGUAUUGACAAAUAAUAUAUUGAAUUACCACAACAUUAAUUCUAAUACAGAUGAUGAAGUUUUUGGCAAUUCAACUGCUUCAUUGCAUUGCCAUCGUAUAAGCCGAAGUGAAGGUGAUCUUUGUGGAUAUUGCGAUAUUGAUCAAGAUUCAGGUUGGAGUUCUUGCAGUCCACCUGAAGGUAAUUCAGUUUUAACAUUUGAUGACAAACUAGAAUAUGACAUAGUUUUAUCUUCAUCACCUGAUGACACUACAGCAGUUUUGAAUGAUAAACCAGCGACAAUAACAUUGGACAAAUUGGAAAUAGCAAACAAAGUAGAAAGUAAUACUGAUGAAGUUUUAAUCAAAAAAGAUUUGUCAGCGAUCUCAGUAAUUAAUCCAAGAAGAGAGUCGGGAAUAUCUAUAGCAUCCGGUGUUUAUGAAGAAAUCUUAGAACAAUCUCCAAUGCAAACUAGCCAGACUUUGAGCGCAUUAUAUGAAGAACCUGUAUACAUGCCACCUCCAUUGCCACCAAGGCGAAGAUACAUUAGCCAAACAAGCAUGAGUGAUGACGGAAUUGAGGAUUGUGAUGAUUGCAAUUGCUCUACUCCAGUUACUGCAAGAUCAGUGCAUAAUUUUAAUAAUCAUUUUCUGAAUGAAAAUUGCUGUAAAAGUUCUCCAGUAGAUUUUAAAGUUCAUUCACUAAGAAAACUAUCAGUGAGCUCUUUAAAUGAAGCACAAAUACAAAGUAAUUUUUGUUUGAAUAACUCAUAUUCCAAACAAAUAGCUGAAGAAGUAAAUCAAAUUCCUAGAUGUAAUACGGAACCACAGAAAGAUUUAAGACAAUCUCAAAUUUAUUUAGAAACUAAGAUUGGUCUACCCAAUAACUGUGAUAUGACAAAGAAAACAAAAAAUCGUUUUGAUUUAACGCCAAUUAAAAAUAAGUUAAAUUAUUUAAUAAGAAAGGGCUACAAUGAGAAUGACAGUAGCCCCAAAUCUAGAAGUUAUUUUUAUAACUCAUUGCCACGAUCUCUUAAUAUCAGCAAAAGCAGACAGAAAGUAUCAAUUGUUGAUGAAUUUAAUAAAGAAACAUCUAGAAGUUGUGAAGUUCUUGAUUGUGAUAUAACUAAAACAUUAGAAUCAAAAAAUAGCAUUAGAAGUUGCGAAUUAUUAGACUGCAUUUCUAAAACACCACCAAAGACUGAUUUUUUAGUAGAUCCUAUUCUUCACGAAACAUGUGAAUCAUCAUUAUUUACCAAAAACUUAAAACUAGCUGAAUCUUUAUACUAUAAUUUAGAUACUCUAUCAAGUUCUACGGAAAAUCAUAGAAUUGUAGCGGAGGAACCUAAUCUUAAUCACAUGCAAGAAAUAUUUCUAGAAAGUGAAAUCAAUGAAUGUGAAUAUGUUGCAAUGUCCCCACGAAUUGAAACAAAUCUUCUGCAGGAAGACGAUUAUAUGGAUAUGACUGGCCGAAAUAAAUGAUAUUCAUUGACAUUCAAAACAUCACAAUCU